AUUGACUUAUCUCAAACCACAAUGUAAAAAGAACAAUCGUUCUCGGGUAUAUGUCACGGUUUUAUUGGCCGUAAAUGGAUUAUUUUGGUCAACCAUGUAAGAUAAACCGCGCUAGACCACGUUUACUCAAGUUGGGGUGUUUGUAUUGUUCUGUAUUUGUUGCUCGGUAAAGCAACACCCACGGAAGUGACCAAAAAGGGGAGAAUCGACGACGUAGUUUGGCAUGACGCAAUGUCCCCGCGCCUGGCAGCACGCACCCAGUGAUUCAUUGUGAUUAUGAGAGAUGGCUUACCUAAUGUUUCAAUGGACUGUGAGACAACCAUGACUUUAACUGGGAUACACGUUGAACUGUCUGUUUAACGCUCAUAAUACUCUUGUGUAGCUCACACAACCAUCCGACCAUGAAGUUGCUCCAUAAAGACAUUGAAAAAGAUAAUGCCGGCCAGGUGACUCUGAUGCCGGAGGAGGCGGAGGAUAUGUGGCACACCUACAACCUGCUGCAGGUGGGGGACAGCCUGAGAGCCUCCACUAUCAGGAAGGUGCAGACAGAGUCACCUACUGGAAGUGUGGGCAGCUCCAGAGUUCGCACCACUCUGACCUUAAGUGUGGAGACUAUCGACUUUGACUCUCAGGCCUGCCAGCUGAGAGUAAAGGGCACUAACCUAGAGGAGAACCAGUAUGUCAAGAUGGGGGCUUACCACACUAUCGAGCUCGAGCUCAACAGGAAGUUCACACUGGCUAAAAAGAGCUGGGACAGCGUUGUGCUGGAUAGAAUCGAGCAAGCAUGUGAUGCGACCCAGAAGGCAGAUGUGGCGGCUGUGGUAAUGCAGGAGGGUCUGGCCAACCUGGUGCUCGUGACCCCCGCCAUGACUCUGCUCCGUGCAAAGGUGGAAGUCACCAUUCCUCGGAAGAGAAGGGGAAGCUGCACUCAGCACGAGAAGGCGCUGGAGAGGUUCUAUGAGGCUGUGAUGCAGGCAAUUCUUCGCCACAUCAAUUUUGAUGUUGUAAAGUGCAUCCUGAUCGCUAGUCCUGGGUUUGUAAGGGACCAGUUCAUCACCUACCUCUUUAAAGAGGCGGUGCGUCAGGACAACAAGAUACUGCUGGAGAAUCGACCCAAAUUCAUGCUGGUCCACUCGUCAUCAGGUCACAAGUACUCACUCAAAGAAAUCCUUUCUGACCCCACUGUGACUAGUAGGCUCUCUGAUACCAAGGCAGCUGGAGAGGUGAAAGCCCUGGAAGACUUUUACAAGAUGCUCCAGCAUGAGCCUGACCGAGCCUUCUAUGGACUUGCUCAUGUGGAGAAAGCUACCGAAGCCCUCGCCGUUGACACCUUGUUGAUAAGCGAUAAGUUGUUCAGACAUCAGGAGGUCCCCACGAGGAGUCGCUACGUUCGGUUGGUGGACAAUGUGAGAGACAAUGGCGGCAAUGUCAGAAUAUUCUCAAGCCUUCACGUGUCUGGUGAACAACUGACACAGCUGUGUGGAGUGGCUGCAGUCUUGCGGUUUCCCAUCGCCGACCUAUCAGAGCCUGAGGACGACAGCAGCUCAGACGAUGACUGACAACAGAAAUGGAGAAAAGAAGAGGAAGGUUGUCCAGUGUUGCAGAUAACACAAGAAUGCAUUGACUCAGAGUGUUGUAAAACAAUAAAACUGCUCUGUAUGCCACCUCUACAACAUUCACACCUCUUAUAUCUAAUCUACACACCUCCUGUUUUCUUAAAGAGUCCUCAGUUUAAGUAAUUUAAUGCCGUUUUUAGUGCUUUUGGUUUGAAGGUGUGUUUGAAAGCAGAUCAAGAAUGCCAAUGAAAAGGAAUCGGAAAUUUGUUGCCAAGUCCAUAUGAAAGCAGUUAAAGUUUUGACUAAUAGAAAAUAAACUGAUUUUUCUCUCCACGUGUA